CUGGAACCUGGAUGCUCCUGGGAGGCCCAGUCAAACUGGCUACAAAGGCACACCCAGUCCAGAGAUGACCAUUAAUCCGUUGACCAAGUGGAUACGACCAUCUGUUAACCGAGUAGGUGGGCUAUCUCGCUCCUCAGAGGGGACUCCUAAUCACCUCUUAAAGUGACGCCUCUUUUCCUCUCCAAACGGAGGUUCAACUUCAACUCAGAAGGGGCAAACCGUGUUCCGCCUGUAGCACAGGAGGAACAGGGAUGACUGGAGGCUACCCCACAAGCAUGGUGGGUGUCCUCCCUAGGACAGAGCCAGAGAUCCAAACCUCCAGGUGCCCUGUCCUUAUCUACCGCAGAGGUGGAGGCUAUAUCCCAUGACCAGCCAGGUGCAAGAAUGUUCUGGGAAGACCAACAGCGGGAGCUCUCCUGAAACCCCCAAUUUGUGCAGGGAAAUCUCAGCACCAGUAGAACAGGGCUGCAACCAGUGACUUGUCACGGUGCGUGUGAUGUGCUCCAGCGAGUUGAGUGCGACAGAUUCAUGAGUAGGGCAGGAUGGAGAGUUUAUGCAUGUGGUGUAUGAUGAUUAUGAGGACACAUGGAGGAAGGGAUUUCUGCACCUAGCCUGAAGCCCGUGAGGUGGGUGGCCCUGGAGCUUGACGGUGCAGCUGACCAGGCUAACCCAGGCGGGCAGGCUCCGCCCGCAGGCUCUCCCGGGAGGUCCCCGCCCUCCGCGCUCCCUCCGCCUACAGCGUCCGGACUCUACAGGUGACCCAGAGCCACAGCCACUCCGACGCCACCACCUUAGCUGCCAUCACCGCAGACUCGAGCCGCAGCCUAAGCAGGUGCCACCAUGCCAGUGAAGAAGUACCUGCUGAAGUGCCUGCACCGGUUGCAGAAGGGCCCGGGCUACACCUACAAGGAGCUGCUGGUCUGGUACUGCAACAACACCAACACGCACGGCCCCAAACGCAUCAUCUGCGAAGGGCCCAAGAAGAAGGCCGUGUGGUUCCUGCUCACGCUGCUCUUCGCCUGCCUCGUGUGCUGGCAGUGGGGCGUCUUCAUCCAGACCUACCUGAGCUGGGAGGUCAGCGUCUCGCUCUCCAUGGGCUUCAAGACCAUGAACUUCCCGGCGGUCACCGUCUGCAAUUCCAGCCCCUUCCAGUACUCCAAGGUCAAGCACUUGCUGAAGGACCUGGAUGAACUGAUGGAGACUGUCUUGGACAAGAUUCUGGCUCCGGAGCCCACUCACACCAACACCACCAGGACCCUGAACUUUGCCAUCUGGAACCACACACCCCUGGUCCUUAUUGAUGAACGGAACCCUAACCACACAGUGGUCCUCGACCUGUUUGGGGACAGCCACAAUAGCAGCAGUCCAGUCCCAGGAAGCGCCUGCAAGGCCCAGGGGUGCAAGGUGGCCAUGAGGCUGUGCAGCGUCAACGGGACUGUGUGUACCUUCCGGAACUUCACCAGUGCCACCCAGGCUGUGACUGAGUGGUACAUCCUGCAGGCCACCAACAUCUUUUCACAAGUACCUCGAGAGGACCUGGUGGGCAUGGGCUACGCCCCUGAUCGCAUAAUCCUAGCCUGCCUGUUUGGGACAGAGCCCUGCAGCCAUCGGAACUUCACACCCAUCUUCUACCCUGAUUAUGGCAACUGCUACAUCUUCAACUGGGGCAUGACAGAGAAGGCACUUCCUUCUGCCAACCCUGGGACUGAAUUCGGUCUCAAGUUGACCCUGGACAUCGGCCAGGAGGACUAUGUCCCCUUCCUUGCGUCCACAGCAGGGGCCAGGCUGAUGCUGCAUGAGCAGAGGACGUACCCCUUCAUCAGAGAAGAGGGCAUCUACGCUAUGGCGGGAACCGAGACGUCCAUCGGGGUGCUGGUGGACAAGCUGCAGCGCAAGGGGGAGCCCUACAGUCCUUGCACCAUGAAUGGUUCCGAUGUCGCCAUUCAGAACCUCUACAGCGACUACAACACCACGUACUCCAUCCAGGCCUGUCUUCACUCCUGUUUCCAAGACCACAUGGUCCAUAACUGCAGCUGCGGCCACUACUUGUACCCACUGCCUGCUGGGGAGAAAUACUGCAACAACAGAGACUUCCCAGACUGGGCCUACUGCUACCUAAGCCUACAGAUGAGUGUGGCCCAGAGAGAGACCUGCCUCAGCAUGUGCAAGGAAUCCUGCAAUGACACCCAGUACAAGAUGACCAUCUCCAUGGCUGACUGGCCUUCCGAGGCCUCUGAGGAUUGGAUCUUCCAUGUCCUGUCUCAGGAGCGGGACCAGAGUGCAAACAUCACCGUGAGCAGGAAGGGAGUUGUCAAGCUCAACAUCUACUUCCAAGAGUUCAACUACCGCACCAUUGAGGAAUCGCCAGCCAACAACAUGGUGUGGCUGCUCUCUAAUCUAGGGGGCCAGUUUGGCUUCUGGAUGGGGGGCUCAGUGCUGUGCCUCAUUGAGUUUGGGGAGAUCAUUAUCGACUUCAUUUGGAUCACCAUCAUCAAGCUGGUGGUCUUCUGCAAGGGCCUGCGUGGGAAGCGGCCACGUGCACCGUACACUGGCCCGCCACCCACCGUGGCUGAGCUGGUGGAGGCCCACACCAACUUUGGCUUCCAGCCUGACACAACCAGCCACAGUCCCCAUGCUGAGAUCUACCCUGACCAGCAGACUCUGCCUAUUCCGGGAACCCCACCCCCUAACUACGACUCCCUGAGGCUGCAGCCGCUGGACACCAUGGAGUCCGACAGCGAAGUUGAGGCCAUUUAGGCCCCACCCGCCCAGCAGCUGGUGAACUUGAAACUGAAAAGUUACAACCAUUGCCAGUGCCUCGUUUUAUUAGGCCUCAUCCAAAGAGCCAGGAACACAAGUGCCCAUGCCAGAGCCCAUGUCCCUCUAGAUCAGCCCGCGGUAACUAGUCAGCCCCAGGCUGAGGGGUCCAGACGAUCGAGAUGCUGGUACCAGUAUACUGGAGCUGUAAGCUUGCCUGGCUUCUGCCCACACUUCCCACAGUCUUUGCUCUGUGUUGCCUUUUGACCUAGUAGACAAGUUCCAGAGAGCCCUGGAGUCCCUCUCCUGGGGGUAGGCCACUUCCUCUGUGUGUGUCACCACCUCAGUCCUCCAGAUCAGUGACCUUGCCCUAGUCGGCACUGGUCGUCCUGUUAAAAGACCAGGCUGGGGUGAGGGGGGUGGGAGGGUGCUACAGAUCAUGGGGAGGGAUCAUCGGGUAGGAAGGUUUGUCAGGGGAGCACAUGCUUUGUUUAGAAAAUAAAGACAGAAAACACGGAGUGGAGAUUUGUCCUUUAUCCCAGUAGGUAGCUGGGGUGUCCUAGAGUGUGUCUGGGGUGUGGAAAGGGCAAGCAUGCUGCCUUGGGAGCCAAGAGCUUUUAGGCAGGACAGG